CCUCAAGAAAGUCAUCCUUUCUUUCUUAUCCCUCAUUUCUUUCAGCAAAUUUGGUAAAAGAAAUAAAACCCCCUUUUCAUUGGACCAAACUUAUCGCCUCAUUGGAUGCAAUCGACACAUUAAGCUCACAAGAUUCCAUAAAAUCUUUGUGAUUUCAUUACUUCAGAUUCAUUCUCCAGGGAAUGAGAAUUCCACGUAAACUUGAGGUAUGGAGAUUGGGUACAGUCAAUUACUUAAAAGCCCUUAAACUGCAAGAAAAACUCGCUUCCGAUCGAAAAAUCAACAAAAUUUCCGACACCCUUUUGUCCUUACAACACCCACCUACAUACACACUCGGAAAACGUCGAACCGAUUACAAUCUACUAGUUCCCGAAUCCGAACUUAAAACCAUGGGUGCCGAACUUCACUACACGCAAAGGGGCGGUGACAUCACAUUUCACGGCCCACAUCAAGCCGUUUUAUACCCUAUAAUUUCCUUACGAGAUAUCGGGCUUGGUGCUAGAAAAUACGUUGAAAAUCUCGAGUCAACUAUGAUUGACUUAUCGUCUUUAUACGGAGUCAAAGCUCAUGGUCAAAGGAAAUGUGAGACGGGUGUGUGGGUCGGGGAUAGGAAGAUUGGUGCUAUCGGGGUUCGGAUUUCGUCUGGGAUUACGUCCCACGGUUUGGCGUAUAACAUUGACCCGGAUUUGACUUUUUUUAAACAUAUCGUGCCGUGUGGGAUUGCGGACAAGGAUGUUACGUCGUUGAGGCGAGAGACACGACAGACGGAUAUGGUGCUUCCUGAUGAAGAAGUUGUUCAGGAUCAGUUGGUUACUUGUUUUGCAAGGUUAUUUGGUUACAAUGAUAUCAUUUGGAAGGAUAAAAAUGAUCUUGAAAUUGAUGGUUGACUAUUAAAGUUGACCAAUGUUUGGUUAUUCAUUUGAUGCAUGACAAAAUGACAUGUUUGUACUUUUAAAUGUGUUUUUCUCAUUCUUUUUAUACAAUAUGUAAUUUCUUGAAAAAAAAUGAAAAAUACAUAUUUGCAGGUAUUA